AUUGACACGAUCAGCAACAAAGACCUAUGGCAGAGGACCAACCAGACCCCAGCAGACGAAGAGAUACAGAAAAGAAGAUGGAGAUGGCUGGGGCAUACACUGCGCAAACCAGCAUCCAACACCACAAGACAAGCCCUCACAUGGAAUCCUCAAGGGAAAAGGAAAAGAGGCCGACCACGAAACACCUGGCAACCGAGACCUAGAAGCUGACACCAAGAAGAUGGGUUACACCUGGGGACAACUUGUGAGAGUGGCACAGGACAGAGACACAUGGAAAACGCUUGUCGACGGCCUAUGCUCUAGACUAGGGUAG